GGAACUCAAGAUAUACCUCAAUAAGAGUAUCUCUUACAUAGCCACAAUAAAAGAAAGGAAAACCCAAUAGCGGAGAAUUUCAUCUUGAAUUUCCAUUUUCUGCUUUCUGCACUCAAAGGAAAAGAAGAAAUUCAAAGUCUUCCCGUUUCGUGCUGUUUAGACAACAGUCUCCGCCUCCUCCCCUGUAGCAAUUAUAGGAACAUUCAGUCCUCUCUCAGGACUCGCCAAAAUCAACUGUUCAUGUCUCCUCGCCCGCAAAAAGUCACUAACCGAUCUGAUCAAGAUGAACCACCCAACAAUCAUCAACACAUACGCCAACCACUCGCUUCCUCCAAUAUCGCCGAUCCCUCCUGACGAUCCAUCCAUCCCCGCCGCUCCAGCCUGUACCUGUGAUGGGUCGAAAUCAUGACUAUUUGGGUCUGGAGGCUGAGCGUAUUGUGGGUCGUUGGCGGGGUUGGGUCCAGGAUGUUCGUUAUUGCCUUUCAUGUAGAAUCCGUAUUGUACCAGUGUAAUACCCAGACCAGCGCGAGAGCCAUUUUUGGCGGCGUGGGUGGUGUGAAGGAGGUAGGUGAGAAGGAAACCAACGAGUUGGAAAGACAUGGAUAUCAUAGCAUUCCAAAUGAAGGAGAAAACGGAUCCAACUGGUAGCCCGUCUACGUAAACAUCGUCUGGUCCACCGAGUCCGGGAGCGAGAAUCGUGGUUUCCCAAUAUGGAGGCGCUGCGUCUGCGGCUGCUUGUUCGUAGGUCUGUUACAUGUUAACGCUUGGGAUUAUAAAUAAACAUUUGUUUCCAACAUACAGGUGGAUGUUCCUCUUUCUCUGCGCCUCGUUCUGGUUUUGCGCUCAAAUUUGCAAAUACACCAUCCGAACCCGAACCUCCUCCAUAAACCCUUCCAUUAGGCGUCGGUCUCGGUGGUGAAACAGAGGCUGGGAUAUGUGUAUUUCGUCGCUCUAUCACCGGGGGGCGGCUGGAAGCCGAUAUCGAUUCGGAGUUGUUUUGCUCAGCAGAAGUAGAAGGCGUUCCACGCAUCAGUCUCUGUCUGUCGUCCCCAUCGGUUUCCUCAUCACUGUCCGAUCCAUCUGCGUCAAAUGUGUCGGCGAGGUUUUGAUCUACGGAAGAGUGGGGACUGUGUGAAACUCGUCUUGGGAUGGGUGAAGAAUCGCGCGAUCGAAAGGAUGGAGGGGGGGAUUGAGGAACGGUAGGUGUGUUAGGUGUAUCGUCGUCGUUGGCAGAUAUCUGUUGCACUGUUGUUAGCAAUGAGGGUAUCGUGAUGGUGGGAGUGGGACGGCUGAAAGGGCCUCGCCACGAUCGUCGUAUUCAGCACGUACCCGUUCAUAUCGUUGAGAAGCCAUGGUUAGGUGGAGGAGAAAUGAAGAAGAAGAGGGAAAGGAAACAAGAAGGCGAAAGGCGCCGACUCUGGUAGAGUCUGGUAAUUAACGAAAGAGAUGAUGAAUCACGAAGGCGUGGUGGUUGGGAGGAAGAGGGAAGAGGGCAUAGGGACCGGAUUGAGAGGAGGUUGUCGGUAGGCGCCCCAGCUGCCACUGCCCGGGGCAACUCAGGAGGAGUUCCUUCACUGUCACACGCUGUGGCUGAUACGAAUACCGAACACCGACCCACUAAAAGUGGCUGGAUAUGGUAAGCCCGGACCCUCCUCCAAUUUAACUCCGACAGCUAGGUAGGUAUUGCACAUGGGACAUGGGACAUAGCCCACGUCAAGACUCGUGGGGAACGUGAAUGACAUUUGACUUUCCCAUAGAUUGAUCGAUGUCAAGAUGUCUCGAGCAGUAAGUCUGACUGCAAUCCUCGUCAUCGUAUCUGCUAACAAACCACCAGGCAAUCUACAAACAUUACAUGCGUGCGCUCUCGCAAUGGCCCAAAGAUGCGCUGCGCCCAGAGUGUCGAUUCGAAGAUGUCAUGCAGAAACGAAUUGAGCAGAAAUUCAACCCACCAAAAGCGCUCGAGGGCGCAAAGCCUGCCGCAACCACUCCUAAAAAUGAAGAGGCGGAGAUGAAUCAAGUCCAUGCUCUAUUCUCGUUGAUUGGGAACCAGUAUACAAGAAAGGUUGGUUUACAUUCUAUUCGGCCAUCGCAUAACUGUACUGAUGCGAGAAAUGCAGUUUCCACUAGGUCCAAUCAUGAAGCCAGCAAGCAACCCAACACAUUAUACCGACUUGGUUGAAGAAUUGUCUGCCGCGCCGAAUCGAUCAUUAUUCGAGAGGUUGGUGGCAAAGUGGCGGAAAUCGGUACGAUUACAAUGAUGGGAUGUCUUGUGGAUUGCGAUGUAUGGAGUAAGUGUAUUAAAAAAGUGCAUAUAGGAAGAGGCGUUUUGGCGAUUAUGGAUGCAUGGAUUCAAGGCAAGAGAUGUGGGCGGAAUCAUACAAUGCCUCUUGUCUUGCAAAACACACUCGAUGGAAAAGUGCUAAACAAGUCAAUUCUUCCAUUCGAAAUAUAUUCAAGUAAGAUUACCUGUUCAUCAAUAUAAUUUGUCCUUGACAAAAGCAAUCCUUCUAUCUGGUCUCAUUUCUCAAAAGAAAACACACUUUGGAUUUCAACUCACUACUUUGAGUAUUAU